AUGUCUAUGAGACAAUAUCCCUCAGGUGCAAAAAAACGUGAUAUUCAAAAGAAAAGAAAAGCAGAAGAUGCGAAAAACGAAGGCGCCUUGACAUUUUUAGCGAAACGACCGGUAACCCCAUCAUCAGAAACUACUCAAACUCAAACAGAAAUAACAGCUGGUAAUCAAAGUGCAGUCGUCUCGGCAAUAGCCAGUAUGGAUUUUGAGUCCUAUCCAACAGAAUUGCCAGAAUCUGAACCGCCGGCUGAAGAAGAAGGCGCAAAAUCUCUGGUAGAGAUGUACCAGCUUAUAGUGGUGGGUGGACUACAAUUUACAUUUCCCAAUGUGGAAAUCCUUCUAAGAAUCUUUCUCACCAUUCCUAUAUCAAACGCAACUGGAGAACGGUCAUUUUCUGUGUUGAAAAGGAUUAAGAAUUACUUGCGGAAUUCCAUCAGCCAAUGUAAGCUGGGAGAUUUGUCUAUUUUAUGCAUUGAAUCAAAGGAGACAUUAGAAUACGAUUUCAAUGCGCACAUUGACUCCUUCGCGAAAUUGAAGAGCCGGAAAAAAGUUAUAUAA